AUACUAUCUGUUCAUGGACCUACUCUAAUCAGACAUUCCGAUCGUGUAUUUUUCUUAUGUAUUCUAAUAAAUUAGUUCGAUAAGCAGAAUUUAAUUUGACUUUUAGAAUUAAAUUUUUCUUUACCUGCAAAUAUAUAUUAACUUUUAAAGAACUGAAAUAAUGGAUAAGCUACGUCGUGUUCUUAGCGGUGAUGACCGCACACCGGAGGAAGAAAGCAGCAUCAUUACCCAGAUUAAUGAUAUGUCAACAUUAAGCUGGAGCACGCGUAUCAAAGCGUUUUGUGUAUGUUUUGUUUUGGGCAUAUUAUUGUCAUUUCUCGGCUCCAUUGCUCUGUUUUUACAUCGUGGCAUUGUAGUCUUUGCUGUAUUCUAUACUCUGGGCAACAUCAUAUCAAUGGCCAGCACGUGCUUCCUCAUGGGACCCUUGAAACAGGUCAAGAAAAUGUUCGCCGAUACACGAUUGAUAGCCACCAGCAUCGUCAUCGUCUCAAUUGUCAUGACGUUCGUCUCAGCUAUUGUGUUAAAAAAAGCCGGACUCACGCUUAUAUUCAUAAUCAUUCAAUCCCUGGCCAUGACCUGGUAUUCCCUCUCUUAUAUACCCUACGCACGAGAUGCAGUUCGUAGCACCGUUUCGGCAUGCUUUGAGGUUUAGUCUAGUGUUUUGUACAGUACUUUACAAUUAUAUAUAUCUAUAUAUAUAUAUGUAUUUUUUGAAAACAAUGUAAUUUGUAUUAUUAAUAAUGAUUUACUUAUA